CCACUAUCCAACUAUUUAUACUCAACUUGAAUAAUACUUAUUUAUUCAAUUUCCGAAUAAUCGGUCUUCUCCCUAGGGUUUGCGCCACUAGGGUCGUUUUUUCCGAUUUCGAUCUUGCUAGAUCGAAGAUCGGUUUUGUUUUUAUUGGUUUCUGGUUUCGGUCACGGAAGAGAGGAGAGGAGAACUCGAAGGAUUUUGGCAUGGAAACCGAAGGAGUUCGACUGCAGAUGAAGAUGACCAGAGUCGGAAAGCAAGGGAUUGAAGGACAAUUUCACGCAGAUAAGGAGAGCCGAACAGCGCAAGACACAUACAAAUUGGUAAUUGUUGAUGCUGACGACGGGGCGGUCGAGUUGGAGGUAAACCGCUUUUGAUGCAAUAACAAUCGUCGCAAGAGUUCGACCUCCUCCAGAACCACCGCCAAGGGUUGAUCGACGCGGUUUGGAGUUUGAUUAUUUAUUUUUUCUGCGUUUUAAUUUCCAGAUUAAGUCGUUUGUGUGUUGUUUUAUUUUUUGUUGUAAUACUCUUGUACUCCGUAUUAGGUUUGGGGGAUGAAAAGUCUGCGGUAACCGUUAUUGGCUUUAAGUUGCCCAAUUUUGGUCUAGUGAGUUAUACUGCUUUUUUACAGGUGGUGAACUCUCAGUCUCGGCCACGGGCGGAUGAUUGCAUGUAGUUCUUUUCUGCUUUUGUACCCUUGCUGAAUGUUAUUUCUAUGAAUUAAGCCCUAUUCGAG